UGCAAUGACCAUAUCAGACCUGAAACCUCAACUCAGGGUUAGCAUACUAACCACCUCCAGAUGCCCACCUCCUCCUCCACCUCCUCCCCCAGGCCAGAGGGGUACUGGGCGGGGUGUGUGUUCCUGUUCCUCUGCCUGAUGAUGCCCGCCGUGCCUGGUGCCAACCUGCUGUGCUUCUACAGCUACAUCACUCCCAGGAACAGAAGCGUGGAGCUCAUCCUGUCGGAGUGUCCUCCGACCAAGCUGUGCUUCACCGCUGACGGGCGUUACGGCAACUACAGCGCGCUCAUCGCCCGGGGCUGCAUGUGGAAAGCGGACUGCAGCAAGGUCCACCCCCUGGUGCUUCGAGGAACCAGGUUCACCAUGCAGUACGCCUGCUGUGAUUAUAACUACUGUAACUCCGGCCCUCGUGUUACGGCCUAUUCCUUCCCCCUCAUACUUACCCUGCUGCUGGUCAGCGCACAAACCUGAACUCCUGAUAUAGUUAAUCUGCUACAGGACAGAACGAUGUUACCCUUUUUAUGUUGGAGAUGGACAGAAUAUUGUAUGAACAGCUUCAUCCUGUGACACCCAGUCUUGCCAAACUGAGGUGAAUCCUAACAAGAAUGUCUCCCGAACAAUACAACAAUUAUUGGAUUGCUUAUUAGAACGAUUGUUUUGAUUAUUAAAUAAAUUAACUUUUAUAAAUCGGAUAA